UGAUACGUGCCGAGGAUCUGGCUGAACUCACCUCUCCACUCUGCUGCCUCCAGCAGGGACAGCAGCUCAAAUCCGAUUUUUAAAAACAAAACAACAAAAAAUACCGCUAUUCCACCUAUGCGACAAUAAUUACUCCCUCCCUUCAGCUUCUGCAAAAUUAAAACCACCUUUUGUGGCUCUCAUCAUCUAUAACAGCAGUGAGGAAGCGCGUCCAGGAGGAGCACCUCUCACAAUUCUCCCCCCAAAAAACAAAAAAGAGUUGACAAGACCUUCUCCAGGACCAGAACCUUGUGGAAACAAGAUGGAAGGAUUCCUCGUAUCUCUGAUGAAGUAGAGCCCUCGCUAGCAAACUCCCACCCUCCAUUUCCUCUUCCCUCACUUUCAAAGGGUUGCAGAAUGGAUGAGCAAAGAUGCCCCCUGCCUCCCCCCCUCAAAACAGAAGAGGACUACAUCCCUUAUCCCAGUGUUCAUGAGGUUCUUGGUCGCACGAGUCCUUUCCCACUCAUCCUGCUGCCCCAGUUUGGAGGCUACUGGAUCGAAGGGACCAAUCAUGAGAUUAAAGACCCACCAGAGGCUGAUGCCGGUCCUGUCUCCCAAAUCAAACUGGAGACAAACAGCACCGCCAAGAUCUACAGGAAGCAAUUCAUGGGAAAGGAACACUUUAAUUAUUACACAAUGGAUGCUGCCCUGGGCCACUUGGUCUUUUCCAUGAAGUAUGAUGUCAUUGGGGAUCAAGAGCAUCUGCGCUUGAUGCUUCGCAACAAGGUAAAAACCUACCAUGAUGUCAUUCCAAUUUCCUGCCUUACUGAGUUCCCCAAUGUGGUUCAGAUGGCCAAGCUUGUGUGUGAAGAAGUAAACGUGGAUAGGUUCUAUCCUGUCCUCUACCCAAAGGCAUCAAGGCUCAUUGUCACCUUUGAUGAGCAUGUGAUCAGCAACAACUUCAAGUUUGGGGUUAUCUAUCAAAAGUUUGGCCAGACAUCAGAGGAGGAGCUGUUUGGGAACAUGGAAGAAAGUCCUUCGUUUGUCGAGUUCUUGGAGUUUCUGGGGCACAAGAUCGAACUUCAUGACUUUAAAGGGUUUCGGGGUGGGCUGGAUGUGGCUCAUGGGCAGACGGGAACAGAAUCCGUCUACACAUGUUUCCAUAAUAAAGAGAUUAUGUUCCACGUGUCCACCAAGCUGCCGUACACAGAAGGAGACUCACAGCAGCUGCAGAGGAAGAGGCACAUUGGCAACGACAUUGUAGCCAUCGUGUUCCAGGAGGAGAACACGCCCUUUGUACCAGACAUGAUCCAGUCCAACUUCCUGCACGGGUAUGUGGUGGUGCAGGUGGAGAACGCGUGUACGGACAAUGUCACCUACAAGGUGUCUGUGACAGCGCGGGAUGAUGUACCGUUCUUUGGGCCUGCUCUGCCUGACCCUGCCAUCUUCAAAAAGGGCCCAGAGUUCCGUGAGUUCCUCUUCACCAAGCUCAUCAAUGCAGAGUACGCCUGCUACAAGGCUGAGAAGUUUGCCAAGCUCGAGGAGCGCACACGUUCAGCCCUGCUGGAGACUCUGUAUGAGGAGCUGCACAUCAACAGCCAGUCCAUGAUGGGUCUGGGUGGAGACGAUGAUAAGCUGGAGAACGGGGCCGCAGGAGGUGGAGGAGGCUUCUUUGAAUCCUUCAAGCGGGUCAUCCGCAGCAGAAGCCAGUCAAUGGACGCCAUGGGCCUCAGUAACAAGAAGUCACACACUUUCUCCACUAGUCACAGUGGCAGCUUUACCCACAAUCCCGCAGAGAGUCCCAAAACCCCAGGGAUUUCAUUGCUUGUUCCAGGGAAAAGUCCCAGUAAAUAUGGACGCCGAGGCAGUGCCAUAGGGAUAGGAACAAUAGAAGAGUCAUUGAUUAUUCCUGGGAAAAGCCCAACCAGGAAAAAGUCUGGACCAUUCAGCUCCCGUCGCAGCAGCGCCAUUGGCAUCGAGAACAUCCAGGAGGUCCAAGAGAGGAGCCGAGAGGUGUCCCCCAGCACCCAGAGGGCACCGGAGGGCAGCCACUUUUGGCAAGAAAACAAAUCGGACAACUCCUCCAAUCACAGCUCUCCAGAAUUCCCUACUACCAAGAACAGCUUGGCGAUGUGUUGCAGGGCGCCGUCCAUCCCCGAGGCUCAGGACCUUUCCCGCUCUUCCUCCAACGCCAGCAGCUUUGCCAGCGUAGUGGAGGAGCACGAGGCAGAGGAGGAGUACGACACUGGAGUGGAGAGUGUGUCUUGUGUUACGCCACUCAAGGGAGACUCGUUUGUGUACGGCUCUGUGGACGAGGACAGUGCGUGCAGUACAAGCCAGGGAAGUGUUCCAGCAGCUUCUCGUCUUCAGCAGCAAGCGGACGGAGUGAAGACAACGGAGCCCAAAGGGACAGACAGCCGGCCCAAGACGGAGCGCCCUUCGCAGGAGCACAAGUCCUCAUCGAACUGUUAGCCACACUCCAUCACUGCAUCGACGUCCAUUUUCAGCAUCCCCAUAUGAGGCAUCUCUUGCCAAAAAAAAAAAGGAGCCAAGGGCAUGUGAACUCCACCACUGACGCA